GAACCAAAGCAUCAUGAAUCACACACCAUUGUGAUAUAACGUAGUCCCGCCAUUGUGCAUCAUAAAUCACAACCUAAUUCAACUGGCAAGCAAGAAGAGAGCAUGUUCCUUGCUUCAACACUAUUUACUUAGACCGUCACCCUCCUCGGCAGCUUCUCUGAGCUUCAAAUCGAUAAAAUUGGAGGCCUGAACUGGGAGAUGCAAGAUUAAGGAGUCUGCUGCAAAGUAGUAGUCCUCUUUAGGUUUCUCCAAGUCAGCUGCUGGCAGAAUACUUCUUCUGUGAGACUGAUGGUAGAAGUUCUGAUGAGCUCCAAGUCUAAAAUCACUCUGUUCAUGACAGUAGUGGAGCUGGGCUCAGUGGAAAGUAGUACCUUGUGUACAUGUGAGUUAUUUACUGAAAUGUUCAUCCAUGUCCAUCUCAAUGUUGUCGGUGCAGAUCAGACACACACACCUGAAGAAAUGCCAUUCAAUUGGAACAGAGGGACUAUUCCACAGGCAAAACCGGAAUGUUGUUACAGAAGAAAAGGAAAAGGAGGUACCUGCUUACAUCAUUAUUUUUGUAAAGUCCAAGCAAUGCUCUUCCUGCAGAUGCUCGUGAAGGAAGGGGACCUCCAAUUUAAGGCGGUAUUCGAUUUCCAUUCUUCAGAAGUCACAGAGGCAAGAUUCAGAACUAAAGCGCAAGUGCAAUCCAGGAGCCGGUGCUGAUCAUCCCUUACAGGACGCACAAG